GGGCAUGCCCAACCCAGUGUCAAUUCUAUUGAUUUAAAAACUGCAGUGACGAAAUUUUGCUGGAUUCUGGUAAAGGGAGUCUAAAAGGAAUCACACGUUAUUUUGACCAGAAGCGUAAAAUUGGAGGUGGAGGUGAAGAUGGAACAGAGUAAAAUGAAGAUUAUUCUGCUGGCUGUCUGCGGUUGGCUAUUUCAGGCCAAUACAGAUGCUCAGAACUGUCUCAGUCCGACUCUAGAACACGGUUAUCUAGUCCCCGAGCAGCUCAGCUACCAGCACCUCUCUGAUCUCUCCUACGGCUGUGAUCCCGGUCUGAAGUCCUCGGCCGGGUCGUGGUGGGGGGUGAUAAAAUGUGAAAAUGGAAAGUGGUCCCAAACCCCUCUGUGUAUUGAUUUAAGGGACUGUUUUGCACCAGAAGUGUCGCAUGCUGAACCAGUGCAGCCAGUACAGACCUCGUAUCCAAGUAACAGCAGCGUUACGUUCGCCUGUGAUAAAGGUUAUGAGUUUGAGACGGAUUGGCAGGAGGCCGUGUGUGUGGACGGGGAGUGGACGCUGCCGGUGUGUUCCCGAAAAGCUUCUGCAUGUGACGCUCCUGUUCAUGUUGCGCACGCUGUUAUAAAGCAGCCGUACCGGAGCGCUUUUGAUUUACAUGAAAAGGUGGAAUAUGAGUGUAAAAAGGGAUAUGAGCUGAUUGGACAGAAAAUCAGCUACUGUAUGGUGAAGGUUUGGACUCGUGAACCCCAGUGUGUUCUUGAGGAGCCUCGUCCUUCCCCUGCAGAGCCAGCACAGCCAGUCAGAUAUUGUACAGGUUACCCCAUGAUAGAGAACGGAGAUGUUGUGGAGCAGGAGGACGGGGUGACGUUAGAAGUUCAGUGUGCUUAUCUUUAUAAACGUCUGGGACCCUUAAAAGUGACGUGUGUUAACGGACAGUGGUCUGAGUUACCUGUGUGUAAAGCUCCAUGUAAACUGGAUCAGUCAGCGGUUGAUUUCCGUAAAAGAGAAUAUAUGACCCACGGGGAGCAGGAGAGCUUUAACUGUACCGAUCACAGUAGAGUAAAUGUGACAUGUGAUAAUGGAAGAGCGUACUAUACAGGAUGUGGUUGGAAUGAGUGGUGAUCUCUCUGAAACACGUGGCUUAAUCCCACAUCCACACCUAAUACCCAUAAACCUGCAGAGCGACUCAAAUCUUUUUCUUUUUCGGAAUAAAGACUCUUCUUGAAUAAAGAAUUUUAUAGCGGUA